AUGGUGAUCGGAAACCCCUCUACAGGCAAAACUACGCUUGCAAAAAGGCUUGUAAAAGAAAUGAGAUGUCAAUAUAUUCACGCUACUGAACUGAUCGAACAAAAUAUGCGAGAAAAUACACUUCUUGGGAAAUAUUGCACUGAACAGUUACUGUCUGGCCGUACCAUAGCAAACAAAACGCUUGUUGCCCUUCUAAAGGGUGCUAUAUCCUUACCCGAAUGUCAGCAUUAUGGCUACGUCAUGGAUAGCUUUCCCACUUAUUUAGCUUUUGAUGAACAAAUAGAACUGGUUGAAAACUUGGCGCUAAAGCCUGAUUUCGUCAUUCACAUUGAGAUUCCUGAUGAUGACCUGCGGAAAAGACUCGAGUCACAGCGCAUAGAUCCAAUUGAUGGAACCAUUUACAACUACUACAAUCUCGAAGAUCCUCCAGGUCCGUUCACAAAGCUUGUAUCUCCGGCAGCACCACAUCCAAACCCAGAGACGAUGAUAGAGGAAGGAGAAGGGCAAAUCCCCGACAUAGAUGACAUUCUCAUGGAGGAGGGAGGAAUCGAUGAAGUCUAUGGUAAAGAAAAUUUGACAGCAUGGCAUCCCGAGUUUCCGCGACUUACCAAAGAGGUCACCAAGCGUCUUCUUUUUCUACCUGAGGAUUCUCAACGCGAGCUUGAUAGACUCUUUAAUCUCAAUAAGAACAAAGUUCAAAAGUCGUUAAAGCAAUUUCUACGCAAGUUUCCGAGGACGCAUGUUAUUAAAAUUGAUGGGAACUGUCCACCAACACAGAUGUUUUAUAAUCUCAUGAUAAAGGUUCGAGCGCUAUCCAUCCGACCCGCUAUCCCACCCUAUCAUCUGUCACUCAAAACCGAAGAUGAAAGUGAAGAGGAUGAAGAAGAGCCUGAAAAGGAAGAAGAGGAUAGGACGAUAGCCGAGGCGGAGCCUAGGGCACUCGAGAAACAGAUGGGUGACAGGGCGAUAAAUGAAGCAGAUGUCGAUGAUGAUAUGCAACCCAAAGGAGAGAAGAUUGAUUGGGAUGCGAUUAUCACCACGUUAGUGGUCCGCAAAAUGCCCACCGAGCACUCUCGAUGGCAGAUGAGUGAGUGGCAACGCUUCUGCCCAGUGCAGCUUUACAACGGAAUUCUCGAGUACGGCAAAGUAGAGUUUGCCUGUGGAUUCCUGGGCUACCUCUACUUCCUGUCUUGUCGGGAGGCACUCAAAUCCUUCAUACGAAAUCCACGUCCCUAUCUGGAUUUUCAGAUUUCCCAACCGAAGUUUACGGUACGAAUUGCUGUGAUGGGAUUCCAAAAAUCGGGUUCCACCGCUCUUUGUCGCUUAUUGGCAGAUCGUCACGGUGCCAUCUGUAUCAGUCUGACAGAGAUACUUCGCAAAGAACUCGAUGCAAAGUUGAAGGAGACAUUAGAGAUGGUAAAAGCAGAGGUGGAGACCGAUGUGGUAGAAAAAUUGAAUAAUCAGAGGAAACGAGAAAUUGAGGAGAUAAAGACAAACAACUAUGCUGACAAUGCUCUGAUGAAGUUGAUGGCUGACACCAUCAAUACUGUGGCUGAGGAGGCGUUAGAAAAUCUCGACUCGCCGAAGGCAAUGGAAAAUAAAAUAGACGUUCUACCGAGUGCUGGACAGAUCUCGGCCUCUAAUGCGUUGUGCCUGCAGUCUAACAUUCCCCCACACAAAGCGCGCAUAGUCGUCCGGGGUUAA